AUGAUUGAUGAUUCUCAAUAAAUUAUAAAGGAAAUGAUCUAAAGUAAUUCGAUACAGCAGUUAAUGGAGUUUAUGAACAAAGUCAAACCAAACAUUUUAAAUUUAGAUUGUGGUAGGAAAUAAACAAUUCUACAUAUUGCUGUUUAGAGAAAUGAUUACCCAUUUUUAAAAUUUCUUGAAUAAUACUCUAUUGACAAUUAUAAGGAGAACGAGAUUAGAAAAUUAGUUAAUACAUACAAUAUCGAAAUCUUCACAGCCCUUCAUAUUGCAUCUUAUAAUGGGAAUGUGGAAGCUGUGAAGAUCCUACUCAACAUCGGUGCUGAUUCUGCACUUAAAAGUGGUUCUGGCUUAUUGCCUAUACAUGCAGCAGCUUAAGGAGAUUAACCAUAUAUGGUGGUACAAUGUUAUUUUGUAUAAAAGUGGUAUUGGUUAUAAUAAGGAAUCUCAAUCAAUGUACAAGAUGAUGCUGGAAAUACUUGUUUGCAUUGGGCAGCCUAUUAGAAUUGUGAAUUAACUGUGAGCUAUUUGAUUUCAUUUGGAUGCAAUGUUGAUUCUAAAAACAAUGAACAAUAAACUGCACUACACAUUGGGGCAUCUUACGGAUAAAAUAGGGUUGUGAAGAAACUACUAAUCAAGGGUGCUUAAAGAAACAUAGAAGAUGUAGAAGGAAAAUUACCAAUCAAUUUGACUGAAUCUCUCUAGAUUAAGAAAAUGCUUGAAGAUAAAACUGAUUUGGCUUUAUUCUAUAAUUUGAAAUAGCCAUAUCAUCCAAUUAAAAGAAAUAGAAAAUCCAUUAUUGUUUACUACUUUGUAGUUUUGACUUCCCAAAGUUGCAUUGUUAACAUCAUAUAGGAGAUCUAGGGAGGGUUAUUGUUCAUAUUUUAUUAUGUUUUUCUGGCUAUUCUACUCUUGGCUUCCAUUUUGACAUAAUGCUGUGAUCCUGGAAUAAUUACCUUACAUCUCACUAUUCAAGAAGCUAUUGAAUAAUAGAUAGAUCCUAUCAAUAUCUGUCCAGAUUGUUGGGUUAUUAAACCUUAAAGAUCAAAACAUUGUGAAUUUUGUAAAAAAUGUGUUAUUGUCUAUGAUCAUCACUGUCCAUGGAUAAAUAACUGCGUUGGAGCCAAAAAUUUACUAUAUUUUUAUGUCUACCUCAUUUCUCUAAUCAUAAUCUAGCUUUAUUCAGCAAGCAUAAUUGUUUACUACUUUUUUAUAUCCGAUGACUUAUCUUUGAACGACUAUCUAAUAAUGCUAUAUCCAAUUUUGAACAUAUUCAUCUUCAUUACUCCAAUUUUUCUUCUAUGUAUAUACUAAACAAAGAAUUUAUAUUAUGGACUCACCACUUAUGAAAGAAUAACCGGAUAAAAGAUAAGCCUCAAAUCCAGCCUAUUAGUUCCUUAAGAAAAUAUUCAAGAUUCAUAGUCUGAAGAAUUAAAAGUAGAACCAUCUAUAUAAAAUUGCUAUAAUUAGUGUUUCAGAAAUAAGAAAAAAUUUAAAAAAUAUACAUGA